UUCUCCAUUUUUUCACCUUUUCCUCCUUUUAUUUUUUUUAAUUUCUUUUUCGUUUUCAAAUUAAAUUUCUCACUUUCUAUAUGUACUCCUAAUCUUCCACCACCCUCACUUGCUACUAUAGCCUUCCAUUUCCCUUUUCUUCUCUUCAACUCCACCUGCUAAAAUGCACCAAUUUCCGGUGCUUCUCAGCCUCAUCGCAGUGUCUGUACUGCUGAUGGUAACUCCAGUCAUUGGAUACCGUCCAUGGCCUCACUUAAAACCCAACAGCUCCGAUUUAACGUUGGGAAGCUCCAAGAAAUUCGAGGGCUCAUCAGAGUUCGUCCAAAUGAGAUACCAUAUGGGACCAGUUCUCACCGCCAACAUCACCGUACACAUAGUUUGGUACGGCCGAUGGCAAAAAUCUCAGAAGAAGAUCAUCCGUGAGUUCAUCAACUCAAUCUCCGCCGUUGAUGCCAAGCGCCCUUCUGUUGCCGGCUGGUGGAAGACCGUACAACUUUAUACGGACCAAACGGGCGCCAACAUCUCCCAUACUGUGCAUUUAGGGGAAGAGAAGAACGACCGAUUUUACUCGCACGGGAAAAAACUGACGCGCUUGUCGAUACAGUCGGUGAUAAAAAGCGCGGUGACAGCGAGUACAAAGCCGUUGCCGAUAAACCCCAGGAGCGGGCUCUUCCUCUUGCUCACAUCCGAUGACGUGUACGUCCAGGAUUUUUGCGGCCAAGUAUGUGGGUUCCAUUAUUUCACAUUCCCAUCCAUCGUGGGUUACACGCUCCCAUACGCAUGGGUGGGGAACUCGGCGAAGCUUUGCCCGGGGGUAUGCGCUUAUCCCUUCGCCGUGCCGAAAUACAUGACGGGGUUCAAGCCGUUAAAGUCACCCAACGGUGACGUAGGAGUGGACGGGAUGAUAAGCGUGAUCGGACACGAAAUUGCUGAACUAGCAACCAACCCGUUGGUGAAUGCUUGGUAUGCCGGCCAAGACCCAGUGGCACCGGUGGAAAUAGCGGAUUUAUGUGAGGGUAUUUAUGGAACUGGAGGUGGUGGAUCUUACACGGGACAGCUAUUGAACGAUAAAGAUGGUGCCACGUUUAACAUGAACGGGAUCAGACGGAGGUACUUGGUUCAGUGGGUUUGGAAUCAUAUCCUUAAUUACUGUUCUGGGCCUAAUGCACUUGAUCAGUAAUUUUUAUUUUGAAAUUAAAAUAUUUUAGGGUUUCUUUAUUUUGGCAUUUUGAGGUUUAUUAAAUAUGGACUUUUGUAAUAUUUAUAAUUUAUAUAUUAUUCCUUAUAUGAA